AUGACGAUCGGAGGAGAGAGAUCGAGAGAGGAUUUCAAUCGGGCGCCAUCGCUAAAACCCUACCCAGCGCGAAUGGCGAUAGCAGCAUUGUGUUCCCUCCCAUUGCCUAGGGUUUGUCCCAAGGCCGAUAUUCCAAGAAUUCCGCGCGCCCGGCGAGGAGUGAUCCUCGGCUGUAGCACGGCGGCGCCAUCGGAGGUCGCCAAGGUGGGAGCUCGAUCGCCAGGGGAGUGGAGUGGCGCCGCUGUGGAUUUCGAUCGCGAGGGGAAGCCUUUGCAGCUUCCAUCGGCGCUAGUCCCGCAAGAGUAUGUGGAAUGGGAGGUGGAAGUUUGCGACUGGGAGACCUACUGUGCCGCUCUCGCGGAUGGAGACCCUCCAAGGUUCUACAACAAGACGCUUCGCUUGUAUCCCACAGUCGGGUGUGGAGCAACGACGGUGUCCAUCUACAGCACCCAAGAGCAAGCCUUGGACGAGGCGAAGGCCGAGAAGCAAAAGUUUCUAGCGUUCCAUCCCAGCGGUUCAUACGUAGCGGUCUGGGACAACGAGAAUGAGGUGGUGGUGGAGCACUGCCUAGUAAACGAAGACAUAGAAGGCUUGAGGAUGAGAGUUCUUCACAAGUUUGGAGAGCUUGGGAUGCCUGUGGAAGGGAUCACUGUCUACAAGGAGCAGUGGGAGGAGUCCUUCCAAUCUGGAAAAACUGUGGAGAGUUGCCUGACCCGGCAUGCUGCUUUCGCUGGGGGCCCGCGACUCAAGCCAUCGGAUUUACGUGGGACUUGGCAAACUAUCAGGCGUAGCUUCUCGCCGGUUGAAGGAUGUGGCUGCGUCAACAAGAUGGUGUUAGAGGCUUCUAAUCCGGUGGAGAGGACAAACGCGAAGGGCUGUAUACUACUUCCAGAAGGGACAUGGUCCUCCAUCCGGAAAGUUGAGGACGAGCUUGUUAUCGAGGCAGGCUUGCUAACACGUCCUGGGAAUCUGAAGUUUGAGCUGGAAACGCAAUAUCGCGACACCCGGCUUAGAGAAACCUACAGGACGUCCUAUUUAAAUGACGAGGACGUCUUCUGA